CCGUGACAAACCAAUCAAGGCACAUGCAACCACUGACAUCAUUUCCGGUAAACAAGAUUAAAGGUCGACCACAGUUUUUCCUGUGUGAUAGUUACCGAUAAUACAGUAGUUUCCGUGUCAAACAGUGAAGAGUAUCGAGGAUGUGUACUUUAUGACGCCAAAUAGGGUCCAUGCUGUGAAAGAAUAAAAUGAAGAACAACGAAAGGAAACUGCUUGUCGAAGAGCCCGAAAAUAGGGUUGUGAAAUGUGUUUUAGUUGGCGAUGGCGGGGUAGGCAAGACAUCGCUUCUGGUUAGCUACUUGACGAACGGAUUUCCUAAUAACUAUAUUCCCACAGCUUUCGACGAUUAUAGCGGUAAGUAAAAGCACACAAAGAAUUAUUUUAUGUCCAUUCCUGCGGUUGAAAGAAUCCUCAAUUCAUUUAUUAUUUAUUUUGUUUUAUUUUAGUAACAGUUAAAGUCGACAAGGUGCCGUAUACAUUGCAAUUUUGCGAUACAGCAGGCCAGGCAAGUCUUCAUUGUUUUUCUUUCGUUUUACGCAGCAAAUUUUGUUAUGAAUUAUUUCUACGUUAUUAUUUUUAGAGGUUAUUAUUUAUCACGCAAGGUGAGUCGAUAAAGCUUGUCUUUAUGAUUAAUAUUUUCUGAGCGCAAAGCUUACGAAAUUUAUAUAGAGUUGUCAAGUCCAAAAUUAAGUUCGAAGUUUUAGUAAUGAAAAUAUUCUUUUUGCUUGUGUAAAGCAUAUUGUUUGUUAAAAAUGAAUUUAACGCUCAAUUAAACAGGCAGCUGGGCGAGUAAAGACGCAAUUAAAAUAAAGCAGCUCAUAAACCUAAGCUUAUAAUUAUGGCUCGUGUGUGCCGUUCCAUCCUCCAAAAUUCUCACUUAUGAGCGUCGAUGUACAAGUUUUGUUGUUUACAUUCACAUAUGAUGGUGUUAAAAAAUUGUACUCGCUCGUUAAAGAGUAUUAAGUUGUUUGUUCUGUUUUUUUUAGGAGGACUUCGAUGCUUUGAGGCCUCUGUGUUAUCCUUCUACUGAUGUGUUUAUUAUUUGUUUUUCUGUGGUUUCUCCGACAUCUUUCGCAAACGUUUCACAAAAAUGGCUCCCAGAAAUACGUAAAUAUUCGAGAACUGUGCCUGUCGUUCUUGUUGGGACGCAUUGUGACUUGAGGACAGAUGUACAAGAGUUAAUACGACUCUCGAAACUUGGACAAGAGCCUAUUACGGGUCAGAAAGCCGAGAGCUUUGUGAAAAAGGCUGGAAUCGUCUGCUAUAUUGAAACUUCGGCGGUCACUCAAAAAAACAUGAAAUCCGUUUUCGAUGAAGCUAUUAUCAACGGAUUAAGACCACCAACGAGUAACAAAAGAUCUGACCUCAAAGGUUGCGUGUGUAGCGUCAUGUAAUACUCGUUGGUUGUUUGUUAUUUUGUAAGUUUUGAGGCGAUAAAUUCAGCGUGAACUGCGUGUGAUGAUACAGCAUACAGCCGGAUGUCACAGCGGAGAUGAUAAAAUCGUUAUUUAUAAAGUUUACAGGCCACGUUGUCGUCAUGCGUUCAUUACACAGCACACCUGGGAUCCUGUAGGGCUGAAGACCGAGAAUUUAAUUGCUAUGCGUUAUUUAUAUUGUUGG